AUGGUGCACUUUCAUUCUUAUUCAACAUGUCAGAGACAAUACAAGGUUCAAGAGGGCCUGGUUGCCCUCGAGGUUCAGGAAGAGGGAGAGGGUCUGGUCUGGGUCGGGGUGCUACUUCUCAAGUCGAUCCUGGCCCUCAACUCCCCGCAUUUCAACCACGUCCAUACAGAGGCCCAUCGUACAAUGCUGGAGGAGCCUUCAGCUCAACAGAUCAACCCCAUCCGACCCCUCAAACACUCCAGUCUCCGAUCCAUCGCCCUUUCUCAACACUGCUCACGCAGCCACUCCCAUCCCAGUCUUUUCAGCACGAUACCCAACAUUCUCCCCUGCCAAUUCCUACACCAGUGCAACAUCCAGCGCAACAUCCCUGGCCCGUACAUUCUCCAUUUCCAUCUCUGCCAACACAAUAUCCCCGGCCUACACACUCUUUGGUUCCUCCUCGGUCACCUCCACCACAGCUACCUCCCAUAG